GAUGAAAAACCCAACGUCGAUUGGGCAAGGGACAUUUUUGCAGAAAUUUUUGAUACAACCAUCAAAAUGGGCUUGAAUUCUACAAAACAAUAUGUUGAAACCACUUAUGAUGCCAUCGGCAUACUUCUCUGUAUUCGACUCAACACACAAUUUGCAUUAGAAUUACAGAGAAGACGUGUUCCUGCACUUGAAGGAUACACUAAUCAAACAAAUAUGUUAUUAUGGCCUAGAUUUCAAGCCAUUAUGGACAUGCAAAUUGAAAGUCUAAGAAAGGCUACAAACAAAUUAAUAGUUAAGGAUGUCCAUCCACAUCAUAUAGCACGUCGAUAUGGUGAAUUUUCAGCCUCUAUAUUAAUACUUAACGAAGAUUAUAAUGAUCCAAUUUUGUCGAAUAAUCUAUUGAGAUUACGGAAUGAAUUGGAGCAAUUUCUUGAAAAAAUGGCAAAAGCUUUUGAUGAAUAUAAAAGUAGUUUGAUAUUUCUUAUUAAUAAUUAUGAUUUGAUAAUUACAAUUUUGGGAGAAACUGGUGGAAAAGCUGUUGAAGCCGAAGUUAAUCAUUUUAGAGAGCUUUUAAACGGUCAAAUAUCAGGAUUUGUGGAAGAGGAAUUGCAGCCUUAUUUUGGCAGUUUAAUAUCUUUCAUUAAGCAAAUUUCUUCAGAUUUUGCCGCGACUUGGCGCCAAUCCAUAACUUCUAUUAACACAUCAGUGAUUCAACAUUUUUCGAAUUUUAAGAAUGGUACAUCCAUAUUGCAUGCAGUUUUAGGACAAUUGAUAAUUUAUUAUACAAAAUUCUGUAACAUACUUGAAGAAAGAAUGAAUGAUGGCAGUGUAAGGAUCAAGCAUCAACCUGUUGGCGUACAGAGUGUUAUGGUAGAAAUAAAAAAGUUUCGAA